GAGGAGCCCCCCGCCCUCCCCGCGCCGGGCCCGCGUAGCUCGCCGGAAUCCGGUACCGCGGCCGCAUCGGGUCGGCCCCUUCCGCUCGUCCCGGGCUCCCGGUACGGGUAUGCAGCUUCUGCGGGCACUGAGGCUCUGGGGGCUCGGCGCCUCCGCAGGCCUGCUAGCCGCGGCCCGAGCCCCCGCCACCCGCCCCGGCCACGGACCCCCGCCCCGCCUCCGCGCCCCGCCCCGCCUCCGCGCCCCGCCCGCCAAAACCCGGCCCCGCCCCGGCCUCCGCCUCCGCCCCGGCCUCCGCCUCCGCACCCGCCUCCCGGCUAGCCCCAGGCCGCAGCGCCAGGCCGCAGCCGCCUGCAGAGACCCGCCGCCAGCCAACGCCAGCACUAUGGAGCGCACCGGAGCCGGAGGAAUAAAUUCCAAUGAGUGUGAAAAUGUAUCAAGAAAAAGGGAAAUGUCAGAAGAAUUUGAAGCCAACACAGUGGAUUCUCUGGUAGAUUUGCCAUUUGCUACUAUCAAUAUUGUAGAUGAUUGUGGAAUCACUGUUGUACCUCAAAUUAAUUUGGAGAGAAGUAAAGAAAAUGAAUGGAACAAUGAAGAUAAAAUAAAGAAGAGGAAAAAAAGGCAAAAAGAUUAUCAACCCAACUAUUUCCUAUCCGUUCCGAUCACCAACAAAGAGAUUACAAAAGGAAUUAAGAUCCUGCAAAAUGCAAUAAUACAACAAGAUCGGCGACUGGCCAAAGCAAUGAGCAGUGAUGGUUCCUUUCAUAUUACCCUGCUAGUGAUGCAGUUAUUAAAUGAAGAUGAAAUAAACAUUGGUAUUGAUGCUCUUUGGGAAUUAAAACCAUUUGUGGAAGAAAUCCUCCAAGGAAAAACUUUGACUUUGCCCUUUGAAGGGGUUGACACUUUUGGAAAUCAGGUUGGAUUUGUGAAGCUGGCAGGAGGAGAUCACAGAAACCUACUUUUGGAGAUAGCAGAUGCUGCAAAAAGGACAUUUCAAGAGAAAGGUAUCUUGGCAGGAGAAAGCAGAACCUUUAAGCCUCAUUUGACCUUCAUGAAAUUGUCCAACGCACCAUGGCUCCGGAAGAAGGGAGUGAAAAAAAUAGACCCCAAAUUCUAUGAAAAAUUUAUCAGUCACAGAUUUGGAGAAGAAAUGGUACAUCGCAUAGAUCUUUGCUCCAUGCUGAAGAAAAAGCAAAGUAAUGGUUAUUAUCACUGUGAGUCUUCAAUUGUGAUUGGUGAUAAGAAUGGAGGUGAGCCCGAUGAUGCUGAACUGGUAAGGCUCAGUAAGAGGCUGGUGGAGAAUGCGGUGCUCAAGGCUGUCCAGCAGUAUCUGGAAGAAACACAGAACAAAAACAAGCCAGGGGAUGGGAGCUCUGUGAAAACUGAAGAGGCUGAUAGGAAUGGCACUGACAGUGACAACAACAGGAAAUGAGACCCGAAGGCAGGCAGGCCCCCGCCGCUCCGUGAGAAACAUCCCUGCUCCCCUCUGCCGAGUCAAUGGACUAAUUUGCAUUGUGCUAUUUAAGUGUCUCUUGUCCGAUCUGUGGAGAUUGCCUAAUACUUUCAUGAUCGAUGUGUUUGCAUUCCUGAAACACAGCAGAAGAGAAAUGGAGUGCUGGGACUAUCAGAGGAAAUUAAUUCACGAAGGAAGAAUGGCCCCGGUUUCACUUGCCCUCAGCCGAGGCUGUGGGAGAGAGGAUUUUGUGUGAUGCCUCGUGGACUCAAAUUAAAGGCCACGGAAGGGGCCUUGCCGUGAAUGGAAUACUGCCAUUUAUAUUGCUUAGCGCAGGGCAUUUGACUACUUUAUCUGAGGCCAAAACACACACAGAGCUAACAAGUGCUACGAUUAAGAUGAUCACUGUUGAAAUUAUUAUCCAUAUAGCUAGUCCAUAAUGUUUCAUGUUUGUCCUAUGUGUGCUGUCGCUAUGCAGUGAUCUUUAUUUACAGGAAGUUUGUUUCACGUAAAUGAUAUAUUUUUGGUGAAAUGCAACCUUUUCUAGAAAAUGUGGGCAGCAUUUUAAAGGUUUCUUUUUAACCCUCUUUUGAUAAGUCAGUGUGCCAUAUUUAAUGUUUUUCAUUGGCAUUUGUAUGUAAAAUGUAUCAUAUAAUUUUUUUUCCGUAGGCCAGAAACCUAUUGGAAUCCAGGACUUAAUUAAUGAAGCUUUGCAUCGAGAGAGGAUGGGUCUGCAGUCCAAAGUGAAACAGAUAAAGGAAC